GUUUACUUUCAGGUGACCUUGGCUCGGUUUCCAGAUUUUCAAAGCAUCGUUAUAAUCACGAUGGAUGAUUUUAUCCUAAAUAUUCUGGACACAAAUGAUCGUAAAAAAAAUCGAUGCGGGAACGUAUCGGGUCGUGAACAGUCAAACCCAAUCACUUCAUCUUAUGCUUCUCCACAUACUGAAGCUAAGGAUGAACGUGUUACUCCAAAGGAGAGAAAGAAGGUAAUAAGUGUUGGCCGUAAGUCUCUGUCGGAGAAAAAUUCCCUGCAGUUUGGUAUCCACAACAAAAUGACCGAGACUCCUAUGCUACAUAAAAUGAUGAGCCAACCUGUGAAACCCAAGAUUGAACCGGUUUUUUCUUCGAAGCACUGGAAAGAUAUGUGUGAGUCGUUGAACAUCUUCCCACAUUUGAUUACUUGCCUUACUAACCGUUUCAAAAUGGAUUAUCUAACCGCUAUUCAGGAAGCCGCACUUCCUCCUUUAGUUGGUGGAAGAGAUGUUUUAUUACGUGCCCAAACAGGAUCUGGAAAAACAUUAGCAUAUGCAGUCCCACUGUUUGAUCAGUUAAUUAACCUUGAUCCUCCCAUUGAACGUAAAGAUGGACCUUUAGGGAUAAUAAUUCUUCCUUCAAGAGAAUUAGCAACACAAACCUUUGAUGUCUUCAAAAUUCUGUCUCAAGCUUGCGUACGUAUUGUUCCAGGAUUGUUGGUUGGAGGGAUGAAACGGAAAUCACAGAAAGCAAGUCUAAGAAAGGGUAUCAAUAUUCUAAUUGGUACACCAAAGCGCAUUCUUGAUCAUAUGGGACAUACGUCCACACUUGAUCUUCGGAGAAUACAAUGGCUAGUAAUAGAUGAAGCUGAUCGUUUGUUAGAAAUGGGAUUCGAACGAGAUGUUAAACAGAUUGUUGAAGGAUUAAUGCAGCAGUUCAAUUGUUUUUCGACGGAAAAUAAAUCCAUAUCAAAAAUUCAAACCGUUCUUUUAUCAGCAACAUUAUCUCCGGGAGUGGAAGCUCUUGCUGGUAUAACUUUGAAGAAUCCUGUGCGUUGCGUGGUUGGCGAAAGUGAAACAAACAUUCCUAAUACACAACCUUCUAUGACGAAAGCCUCUGAAGUAGAGUUAAAUACACAAGUAAAUAAUGUUGCUGAAUUUGCUCUUCCUGCAGGGUUGAAACAUUUUGCACUAAUUGUUCCUUGGAAACUGAGGCUUGUCUCAUUGGCAGCUUUCUUAUUACUUAAAUGUAAAUAUCAUGAAAAUGGAGGAAAGCUAAUCGUUUUUAUGGCAACUCAGGAUUGUGUGGAUUUUCAUUAUCACUUAUUCAAAUCAGUAUUAUGCGACGAAUCUGAGGAGCUUAUUUCUAAUAUACCUGUUAUGAAUCUGUCGAUUUACCGGCUUCAUGGAAGCAUGGAACAUAAAGAACGUGAAUCAGCUUUUAGUAGCUUCUCAUCUAGUCAAGCUGGUGUUCUAAUCACUACAGACGUUGCAAGUCGAGGUUUGGAUUUAGCAUCAGUUGCUUGGGUUGUACAAUACCAUGUAACGGGAGGUCCUGUCGACUAUGUACAUCGUGUUGGGCGCACCGCACGAGCUGGUGGUCAUGGUAAAGCAUUACUUUUCCUAGAACCUGAAGAAACUGAAUUUAUGAACCUUUUAAAAUCGAAAGUUGGAAUUGAAAUGAAAGAAAUACGUUUACCUGAUCUACUACAGACCGUUCUUUUUCAUUUACAGAAUACUAAACAUUCUGGGAAGCAAAGGGUAUGUCUUCACAUUUAUUUAAGGUUUAUUUAUGUAUUAAAGUAAACUGCUUUUAUAACUCUGAUGUAGUGGGCAAAUCAAACACCGGCUAAAUAGUAAGCGAAUUCUACUGGUCAAUGUUUAGCUCCCUUUUUUAAGGGACAAGACGCCCGCAUUGAUUAAACGUGUCUUAGAUUACUAAGGGACAUAUUUAUAUUCGGUUUAAUCAAUAAAACGAGUCUUCUAGUUAACAUUCUGUCUGACUUAUUUUCUUAAUUUAAAUUUAUAAACGCCACUGAAAUCAGCGAUGUUAUUGAAAUCCAGUAAUAUUGUGGUGUGUGCUAUGUAUAUCGACAUAAGUGGUAUAUAACUCUAGUCAGGAAUAGAAUGUCUGGCAGCAGAAGGUUGAGAAGAUCGAGGAGGGGAGAACGGGAACAGAAAGCAUUUGGUAUGGAAAUGCAGGGACAAUGAAGUCUGAAACAAAUAACGAACACUUUGCAAAUGAAGUAUUGGAGUAUAGCUUUUCUAUUUUGUCGUGUCACUCUGUAAUUAUGUGCUAAAUAUAAUCGGUUGUCCUCACCUGUGUUCACCUUCACUACAAGAUUGUUGUGGCCAGUGUAUUCAUUAGAUGCCAUAAACGUGCCACUGAAUUUCUCCUUUCAGAAGAAACUCAUUUGGACAUAAGUUAAUACAAUGUUAAUAAACAUAUAAAGUAAUAUUUCACAUUUAAUAAUGUUAUUAGAAGAUAGGCCUUUAAAACCAACUGAAGUAGUUUGUACGAGAUAUUAAGCAGUUUAACUUUGUAAGCAUGAAACUAUUGAUUAAAUACUUCGAAACCUGGUCUUCUUACACAGAAGUUCAAUCAAAAUAUUUCCAUGCCAAAAAAUUGAUUUUAUGUCAUAUCUUUCCAUUUUGAUAUUUUCUUGUUUAGCUAGAUUAGUAUAUAUUAUUUGUUAUCACAGAUUUUAUUUCUUAAAGUAACUUUUAUUGAACUAUGACAGUAAACUACCUUUUAAUCCUACUUUUAUUUUAUUUAGCCAAAUGAUUGUACAACAGUUGAAGAGGGAACUAGUCAACUGUUUCAUUUGUUUCUUCAUGCUGUGGACAGUGAUGACACUUUGAUAUCACUUUCAGAAUUGGCCUAUAUAUCAUUUCUACGUUCUUAUGCAAGUUUUUCGGGUGACUUACGACCCAUAUUCGCUUUCAAACGUCUUCACUUAGGGCAUGUUGCUAGAGCAUUCUGUCUGCAAAAGAAACCAUCUGAUGUUGCUUCUCGUGUUAGAGGUCGUCUUGUUAAGACUGAUAAGCAGAAGAAUUCCACAAGAAAAAAACGGGGGUUUGAUAGCUCGAACGGAGAUGAUAUAGCACCACAAAAACCAAAGUAUUCAUCUGCCUUAUCAUUUGAUAAACCCCAGAAGAAACAAACCAUGAACCGCACAAAACCGUCUGAUUUGGCCAAACGUAAUAUGCUUGCAGAAUAUGGUUUAUGACUUAAUCUAUAUACCAUUUGUACAUACUUUUUACAUACUUCCCAUGUGUAUAAAAGCAAUCUGUGAAUAUUCAUUCUUAUGUACAGAUAUAUUCUACAUAUAAACUGAUAAUUGUUAUUACUACUUCUUCUUACAAGAUCUACCAGCUUUU